GCCUGCCCUCUAGUUGCGGACUUGCUCAGGUUGCCUUCCCCGGAAGUGACGCUAAGGCCCGCCCCUCAGGAAGUGACGACAGAAGUGCCCUUGACCGGUGGGGCGGGCCGUGCUGUGCGUCGCUUCGCUCUUGUUGCUGGGAGAUGGCUCAGCGUCUUCUCCUGAGGAGGUUCCUGGCCUCUGUAGUCUCCAGGAAGCCCUCUCAUAGUCGGUGGGCACCCCUCGCUUCCAGAGCCCUGCAGACCCCACAGCUCAGCCUUAGUAACCUGACAGGAACACCCAGCCAAGCCCGGUCAUUAUACACUACCCGAGUCUGUACAACAACCUUUAACAUCCAGGAUGGACCUGACUUUCAAGACCGAGUUGUCAACAGUGAGACGCCAGUGGUUGUGGAUUUCCAUGCACAGUGGUGUGGUCCCUGCAAGAUCCUGGGGCCAAGGUUAGAGAAGGUGGUGGCCAAGCAGCAUGGAAAGGUGGUGAUGGCCAAGGUGGAUAUCGACGACCACACAGACCUCGCCAUCGAGUACGAGGUGUCGGCGGUGCCUACUGUGCUGGCCAUCAAAAAUGGGGACGUGGUGGACAAGUUUGUGGGCAUCAAGGAUGAGGACCAGCUGGAGGCCUUUCUGAAGAAGCUGAUUGGCUGACAAGCAGGGAAGAGUCCUGACUGCCCCGGCCUGCCAUGGUCCCGGGGGACCCCGUAGAACUCACAGCCCUUCUGUGCCAGCCCUUCCCGCCUCGUCCCUCUGACUGGCCCCCAUGGGCCCGUGCUUUGGAGACCAGGCCUCCAAACACGGCACCCUCAAGCGCUCCCAGCCUGGCUAGCUGCCAGGCUGGCCGCCCCAGGAGCCAGGACAGCCGUCUUCCCACCCGCUCUGCUCCCUCCAGGGCCUGUCGCCCUGCUCCCAGGAUGCUUGGACAGAGCCGCGGGGCCAGCCUGUGGUACCACCUUGGUCCCAUCUCCCUGAUCCCUUCUGAUCUGAACCCUGGUGCCUGGCUCAUCUGCCUCCUGCGUUUUUCUUUCCUACUGCUGUUUUGUAAAAAAGAAAGAAGGAAACUAGAAACCCGAACAAGUGAGAGUAACAUACAGUUCUCUCAUUUUGUGCAGGUCUGUAACAAAGAACUUUUGUGAUCCCUCUACCUCCCACUGUGAAGACCAGACCCUGGGCCCUGAACCAAAUUACCCUCUGUCCACACCUCCUUUUCCCCCAGAGAGCCACCUUCCUCCCAGGCACAAGGGCAGCGAACGUGCGUCGGGCUGGGGGCAUCCUGCACACCCUUGACUCCGGAAGGUUCGAGGCACUACCUUCCCUCCCCACUAGCCAGCCCUUUCUCUGAGUAGCAGGCUUCACUGUGAAAAGACUGGAUCAAUAAAACGAGGGUAUGCGCUGUC